UUCCUCCGCCGUCUAUUGACAUACACAAAUAACAUGGCGACUAUGAAAGUACCGCUAAGUUUUGUCCUCGUGGAAUAUUACCUGGAUUAUUUCGUAAAAUAUUAAGAAACUGGACUAGAAAAAAAUAUUUAAAUUGUGUUACAGAAGAUCAAGAUUUUUAAGGAAUUUUAAAGACUUCAUGCAUAAUAAAAAAACUUGGACAUUUUGUAUAAAGUUUAUAAUAAAUUGGUAUGGAUAAUAUGGAAGGCCCCCUUCCUCCUGGAAAGCAGGGCGGUCCUAAUUGGUAUGACACAUUGGACCGGCAUCAGAGUGUACAGUUCUCAGCAAAAGGUUUAAGAAAUGCACCAGGAGAAAAUAAUUGCUUCCUAAAUAGUGCUGUGCAGGUUUUUUGGCAUUUGGAUGUAUUCCGUCGCAGCUAUCGUCGCCUAACAGGACAUUUAUGCAUGGGGAACUCUUGUAUAUUCUGUGCUUUAAAGGUAAUUUUUACCCAGUACCAGUAUAGUGACCAGUCAUCACUACCGCCAGAUGCAUUGCGUAAAGCACUAGCAGAAACUUUCAUGAACAAACAGCGAUUUCAGCUUGGUCACAUGGAUGAUGCAGCUGAAUGUUUUGAAAACAUUUUACGAAGAAUUCAUUUCCACAUUGCUAAUGCCUAUCAUGAAGAUUCGUGUUCGGCCCCUCAUUGUUUACCACACCAGAAGUUUGCCAUGACUGUAUUUGAUCAGCUUGUUUGUAUCUGUGGAGCCAGUUCUGAUCCUUUAACCUUCCAUGAACUUGUACAUUACAUCUCAACGACUUCCCUUUUAUCCCAUUGUCGUUCAAUGCAAGAGACAGGAGAUGUACUUCAUCCAGAUCGGUUCGGGUUAUUGUUAAGGAAUGCUGGGACAUCAGGAGAUAUUAGAGAUUGCCCUGGGAACUGUGGUAAAAGAGUACAAAUAAGAAGAACUUUAUUGAACACUCCAGAUGUUGUCAGUAUUGGUCUUGUUUGGGAUUCAGACAGACCUGAUGAGAAACUUAUCCGUGAAGUAGCUAAAAGCAUUGGUACAACUAUUUUGCUUCAGGAUAUGUUCCAUUCUGUUGUAUGUAAAGAUGCUUCCAAACUCCCUAAACUGCAGUUGUCUGCCUUAGUUUGUUACUAUGGUAAACAUUACUCCACAAUUGUUUACCACACAAAGUUAAAUGUGUGGAUUUAUUUUGAUGAUGCCACUGUAACUGAGAUUGGUCCAAGAUGGGAAAAUGUGGUUGACAAAUGUUCUAAGGGAAGAUACCAACCCUUAUUGUUACUCUAUUCCAAUCACAACGCUAGUCCAAUUGCUACUGAAACAGCUCCAAAGAAAAGAGUUAUGGCCCCUGGUUAUGCUACAACGCCUUCAAAAGGUGUCCAAGAGAAGAAAAGACAAGAAAAUGAUGGACAAAAAGCAUCCAGACGAUCUUUAACUCCUAAUCCUGAUAAAAUUGAAAUGAGUCAUUCAAAUGGAAGGAGAGCAAUAACUCCAGGUCCUGACGAAUUAUCCCCAGAUCUUAAUGGACCCCAAAAAAUGAACAUUGAUCACCAUCGUCAGUCUAGCUUUUUAAUAGCUGUUACUGGCAAGACUGAUAAAAACCGGCAGUAUUCUUCCGAGUACGCUGUGCCUAAAGGAAUCAAUCCAAUCAAACAAUCUGUCCCAGGUGGAGGACAGACUGACAUGUCACAAAGACAGGGAAUGCUCAAACACUGUUUUUAUGAACCUUCAAAUGCUGAAAAGCAGCAAUUCCAACAGAAAUCUAAUCAAGAUGCUGUAGAUGGUUAUGAUUACACCUUAUCAACGAGUGAUCAGUACAGAAGACCCACAAUCACAGCACCCAAACCAAACAAUCUUCCAAUUCAAGUUAACUUUUCUCGAGUAAAUGACUGUCAGAGAAAAGAAAGCUUCAAGAAAGGAAAAGAUAAAGUGAGAGCCGAUGUCAUUAGAAGUUUGGAUCCUUCACGGAGGGAAUCUCAGUCUUCCGAUUCUGAUUCACCACAAACUCCACCACUUCUUCCACCCCAGCUUCCACCUAAAAUCAGUAGAAGUCAGUCUUGUCACAACUAUGAUCUUGAAUCAGGUCCAGCUAAUAUAUCUGCUGAUAAUAUUGACAUUCGACAGCAUGUAGUCAUGAAACCUAGACCAAGCAAUUCACAUGCGUAUGAAAACUUAGAAAAUUCUUCACAUACACCUGUGCAAUCAGGACUUGCUACACUUCCACGAAACAAAAAAUCUAAUUCUUCAGUGCAAUCUCAAAGUCAGCAUUCUCGUCAAAAUUCAUUAAAGAGCAAUGAUGGCUAUCCGCCACACAAUCGUCCAACAUCAGGACAAGAAAUGAACAAUAUGUAUCAUACUGUUGGGUAUUCACAGCAGGUAUCACAUAGUAGGGAAAGUUCUAGUAAUACUAUUGUGCCUGAUGAUGUACAUUCCAGACAAAAUUCAUUAGCCAGUCAAAUUUCAGAUAAUUCAAAACAUUCAUUGUCAUCUUGGCAACAGGGCAGCAAUAACCAAUCAGUGUCUCAAUAUAGAAAUCAACCAUCUGUUUCAUCCAAUCAGAGGCUUCCAGAGGAUAAACCACCAAAACCUGCAAAACCAGAGAAGAAAAUUAAUACUGUUGCAGCACAGAAAAAGAAGAGUAUGAAUAGUAGAGGACAACAGCCUCCCCCAUUACCUGAGAAAAAGGGUAGUAAACUGAGCAAUUCGUCCCCAAAUCAUGAGAGUUAUAUAAACAGAAAAACUGUAGAAAAUAUUUUAUCGUAUCAGAAAUUAUCACGACAAGGAUCAACCAAUAGUAACAUGAGCUGCGCAAGCAUAUCAAGUAAUGCAAGUACAGCCAGCAAUACAAGUUUUGAAUCAGACAAUUGUAGCUUAAGUUCAAAAGAAGGAAACAUUCCUUUUGACAGACUGUCUUUGGAAUCACGACAAGAUUCAGGGUAUAGUGGGAGUGACAGAAAUAGUUCCAGUUCAACUGGCAGCACUACCUUAGAUCCUUACACGCAAUACUUCCUCAGUAAAAGUAUGAUUCCUCCUAAAACAUUCAAUCAGCAAGCUGUGGCAGAAAACAUAAAGAAAUUUAUUGAUCCUGGCUAUGGAGAAAACCAACGCUUUGAUCAGAAGUACACUGUUGGGUACCAAACUAAUAGUUUCCAUGGAAACCAGCAACAGCAGAAUCAGCAUUAUCAGAGAGGAUAUGAACAAUCUGGUGACAGAAAACAGUUGUAUGAUCCUGCCAUUGUCAAGUCACAUCAGUCUAAAGAUACCAUGGGACAUCCGAUGCACCAAAAUUUGGAUCCUAAUAACCAAGAACGUAAUUCAAAAAACUGUGAUAACCAGAUGUUCAUACAGAGCGGACCACCUGGUUAUGAUGAAGUGGUUUCUUUUAGCAUUGAAGAAUUUGCAUCUCUGUGCCACAAGUCUGAGGACUACAUGGAUCAAUGUAUGUUGUAUGAGACAGACAGCAACUGUCACCAGGCCAUUCAAUACUGUAAUUCGGCCAUUGACUGCCUGAAACAAGCCAUGAAGAUGACCAAUAUUUCCCACCAGUCCUAUCAGUUUGCACAAAUGAAACACAAUUCUUGUAUUCUGAAGCUACGCAGCUUGCAGAAGAAAAAUAUGUUUCGACAAGAAUCCAAUUCAUCGACGAACAGCUCUGACAGCGCUAGAUCUUCCCCAUGUGGUUUACCAAAUAGUUCAUCAAACAUUCAACACCCUCCACAACAAAGUUCACAAAAUGUUGUUCACUCACGAUCAAGUUCUCGAGAUUCAAUUGACAGUGUAAUUGAAAAUAAAAACUAUAGAAAAGACAAAGUUAACAAUGAAAUUGAUGGUCAAAAGUUGUUACAUUCUAAUUCUAGUCAUAGUUUGAAUGAAAGGACUUGUAGUAGUGUCGAUACUAGCAAUGUUGAUAUGUAUGCUACAUUACCCAGAAAGGGAAGACAACUUGCUAUGAAGAAUCAAAAUAGUCAGAACUCUGAACUGUUUAAAAACUGUUUGAAUAGACAGCAAAGAACUAAUUCUCCAAGUAUUCAUCAACCUUCAUCAAGAUCAAGUACACCAUCAUCAGAAUGUCGUGAUUCAGACUCCAGUAGUCAAGCAUCAGAUCAGUAUCGUAUGCAGAUUCCAUCUCAUCAACAAGUCAAAAUGAACAAAGCUGAAAUCAGACAAUUACCACAUAAUAGCAUGGUUCAGCGCCAAGGAAACCAGCAGUCUAAUGGAGGAAUGGUAUCCCAGCAUCAACAACAUGUUCACGGGAAACCAUUACCUGAGGUUUGUAGAACUAGGAUAACACCAGCGUUAUCUGCCAAGUCACAACCAAUUGUGCCGCCCAAACCAGGAAUAGUUGUUGAGCCUUCAUCUGGAGGUCAACCAACCAACCAAGGGCAAGGCAUGAUGGGAAAAGUGGAAAACACAUCAUCACCAUCUGCUGUUACAUGUAAUAAAAUUAAAAAGGCCAGCGUGAUGAGACAUGCCAGUUUUGCUGGUUUAAGUAGUAGUGGCAAUAGUGCUGUGAAUGCUGCUGCCACUUUAGAUCGUUAUGCUUGUCAGCAAAACCAGACAAUAGCUCGCUCAUAUAUACAGUCUAAUAUAGCAGAUAACUCUAGAGGAUGUACUAACACACCUAAAUCGAUGGAAUUACCAUUACAGCAGUUUAACCAACGUGUUCAAAACUUGCCAGAACAAAUGUCAGACAAUGAAGAUGUUCGUCCAAGUGUAAAGGCUCUUGCAUCACGCUUUGAUAGAUCUGGUCGUAAGUCAAAAACCACUACACAACUGCCACCGAUGAACUCAAAUCUGGACAAUAGACACAGAAGUAAAUCAGAAUCAGACUUUCUAAGAAUGGAUUCAAAACCUAAAUCGGUUUUAUCGAAAAGAAAGAAAUGUAAAGCAAGUCGCCCAAGGAAAUCAGUGACAUUUUCAGAAAAUAUUGCCAUGGUUUCUGCCACAGAUUAUAUAACAGACACUGAUUUGUGUUCAGGGUAUGUGAGUGAUUCGGAUGAAAAAUAUAAAUAUCAGCGUGGUGCUUAUUCAGACAAUGAGUUAGACGAUGAUGACUCUAACUCAACUGAGUCCCCGGCAGAUAUACAUCCUGGUCAGAGUUGUUGUUGUCUAUGUAACAAACAUGGUUGUGGACAAGGAUCUCAGUUUUGUGCAAAAUGUCAGUUAUAUAUGAGUCGGUUUCAACCAAGUGAAUGCUGACAAAACGAUUUCAGUGACAUCAAAUCAGCAUUAUUUCAUGUAUGAAAUAUUUAUUGAGAGACUACAAAUAAAAUAGACAUUUAUUUUUGUUAUUGGAUAUUGUAAAUAAAAGUAAUUUUAUUUAUUUAUUCUACAAAUGUGAAUUGUAGAAUUUUCAAGUAAUUUUUUUUUUCUUGAAGGCAGCUUUGCUCAUAGUGCUAAUUUCACCUUCUAUGUAUAUUGAAUUCUAGCAAUAGAUGUUUUAUCUACUGUUUUGGUAGAAUUUUUUUCCUUUUUUACUGCUGAUAAAUGUUUUCCCUUUUUUAGAUAUAUUAUUUUAGAAAGAUUUAAGCAAAACUACUUUAUUUUAGUUUAAUAUAUUUUAUCCAAGAAAAAAACAAGAAACACAGUUCAGCUCUUAAUAUGAACAUGUUUCUUAUUUAUUUAUGUUUCUGUGAUAAAUUAAGUUUUUUUUUUGUUUUUUUUUUUUGGCAUAAGAAGUUUGAAACAAAGUAUUUUUAGAAUUACAAAUUUUUAUAAAUUAUUAUUGUAGAUAUGAAGAUUUGUUGUAACAGCCCUUCUUUCAAAAAUGGUUUAAUUUCAUUCCUAUAUCAUUAUCCAAGCUAAUACUGCCAGACAAGUACCAUUUAUGUUGUUGUUUAUUGUUAUGGAUAAUGUCAAAUUUUUAUGAGAUGAAAAUAUUUUCAUAGAUUUUUAUUGACUGUCUCAAUUUGUGUUUAAUAUGAAAGGGAGACAAUCCCCAUAAACUUACAUUACAUUUAGAUCUAGUCAAACAUUUCCUUCUUUUUGUAUUGAUAUAUCUCUGUAAAAGGUAAAUUUGAUAUUUAGAUUAGAUAAUGGGAUAUUGAUUCCCAUCAAACCAAGGUUGUCUUUUUCACUUUCGUUUCGAAACUUCUUCUCUAGUAUUUCGGUUUCUUGGAAAGACAACUAAUGAAAUUAAAAAAAUGAAUAUGCAAUUUAGAAAUAUUUUCUCAACACUUAUUUUGUAGUUAUAGGAUGGAUUCCGUCCAUUUUGGGAAAGGUUAGUGGUAUAGAAAAUAUACAGUUUUUUUUUCAAAUGUGAAAAAUAAAGCUUUGGCUUACCUAUGGAUAAAAUUAAAGGUCAUAUUCAUAAAAACAUUUUAAGAAUUAUUUUGGACAUAACUUUCAAAAAUGUACAUUUCAUAUGUGCAACAUAACUUUUAGGAAUAUUAAUAAGACUUUCAAAGAAUUUUUAUUUUUUCAUGCAUUUAAUGUUGUUAAAAAUCAUGCAUUUUUAUAAAGUUGUUUUAAAUUGUUAAGAUUGUGAAUUUGUUAACAUGUUUUAUGAAACUGCCAGUUUUUCAUUUGUUACCCAAUUGUGAUCUCAUUUUAAAAGAAAUUUAUAACAAGAAAUUAAAUGUAAAUGUUAAUGGUUUGUAUAUAUAGAUAGUAGACCUAGAUAAUCAUGUUUAUAAAAAACUUCUUUUAUGUUAACAUUGUUCCAUUGAAUACAGAGUUAAACUCUUUAUCAUCAAUAGAAUACAUAUCAUUUGUAUCAAAAUAAAAACAAAUUAUGAAA